GGUCGAUAAAUGUUAUGAUGAUUAUGGCACCUUUACGCGUAGAUUCAUUCAAAAUACCGAAUGCAUGGUGCAUGCUUGAUUGUUUACAUUCUCUCUUUCGUUUUGCACCAAGUGUUACAUAUCUAAUUUUACAUAUCUAAAAUCUAAUUUAUUUUAUUCAGAAAUCAGGCGACAUGUUUUCUAUAACUUUGGUAAAUAUCGAUAGUUAUCAAGCACCUCCGAUACCGGAACUUGAUACGACAUUCUCCGAAUUUCGUGGUUCAGAAAUAAGGAAGGUGCCGAUAAUUAGGAUAUUCGGAUCAACUGUCACAGGUAAAAAGACAUGUUUACACAUUCAUGGUGUCUUCCCAUAUAUGUAUGUACCAUGCACUGUCCAGGAGAAUACAGAUAGUUAUGCUUAUCAACUAGCUGCAUCAAUUGAUUCUGCCUUGAAUACAUCGUUCGGUUCUACAUCAUCCAGCAAUCAACAUGUAUACAAAAUUCAACGAGUAUCAGGAAUACCUUUUUAUGGUUAUCAUGAAAAAGAACAUUUAUUUUUUAAGAUAUAUUUUUAUAAUCCAGCUAUAAUUAAAAGAACAGCAGAUUUGCUACAGAAUGGUGCUAUUCUCAAUCAAACUUUUCAACCAUAUGAAGCACAUAUUCCCUAUAUUUUACAAUUUAUGAUGGAUUACGAUCUCUAUGGCAUGAAUUUGAUAAAUUUGAACAGUAUAAAAUAUAGAUGCUCUUUGCAAAGACAUACAAUUGAAGAAGACAGUCAAAACAAAUCUUCAAUGGAUUUGAUAAACUCACAAAUGUACCUGCCAACAUCUAUAAUGAGACAAAGUAUGUGCGAAUUGGAAGUGGAUGCACAUGCUUCAGAUAUUCUAAAUAGACAAAAUAUUACUGAAAAAUUGGAAUUGAAUCCUGGUCUUGCCGCAAUCUGGGAUGAAGAGAAAGCUAGGAGAGCUGCAGCUGGUUUAGAAAAUACAAAAUCUCAAUUAUUAUAUCCUAAAACUCCUAGUAAAAUUAUCCUUCCUCCAACAAGCAGUGAUAUUUAUCAAAUGAGUCAAUUAUUGAAGAGACUGAAUACUAUAUCACAGACUAAUGAAACAAUUAUUUCAAAUACAACUGUAUCUUCAUAUCCUAUCGAAGUAGCAGAUGAUGAAAAUGUCCUAAAUGCAUCUUGUAUUAUAAAUCACAAUGAAUCUUUUUCCUGCGAAGAAAAUAGUGAGAAAACAUCUAAUAAUUAUAAAUUUCUGCAAGUAGUCUCAUCAGCAUCUUUAGAAGCAAAUCAAAGUCAAAGUAAUGUAACAGAUAUGAGUAUUUUGGAUGUAGAUGAUAUACAAUUAGUAGAAAUGUUGGCUGACUUGGCGGAAGAAAAUGAAGUCAAAAGUAAUGUAGAUGAUGAUAGCGUUCUAGGGUCUCAGUACUCUACCUCUAGCCAACCAGUUAAAAAUGAUGAUCCAGAGGAAGAGGAAAUUGAGGAUUUAAAUAUUACAAGUUUAGACUUAGAUGAUCUAAAUUCUUGGGAAUCAAUGCAAAAGAGAUCGAGUCAGCAUAGCAAUAUUGUGGAAGUUACAAAUAAUAAGGAGAAUACUGAAUCAAAUGAUAUAGAUGUUACUGGAGAAAGUUGUAGAGAUGUUACGCUCACGAAUUUUCCCCAACUUGAUGGAACUGAUGAUCUAUGUGGAAAUAUGUUGGACCAUGAAAGAGAGAAUGAUUGCAGUAAUAUAAAUAUGAUAUUUAAAGACAAUACAACAACAUAUUGUACUACAGUUCAGUGCCUUCCUGAAGAUAAUAAACAUGUUGCACCUGUUAUUAAUAUAAAAAAAGAUUAUGCAAUGUGUAAUUCACACAGAAAUUUAUAUCUAGUAGAUAUUAUUAAGUAUAUUGCAAAUAAUUCUGAUAGAUAUUUAAAGAAAAAAUUAUACAACUUUUUAAACAGAUAUUAUUUUCAUAUAUUUGUGAAAACUAGCAAGAAUUUGCAGAUUUUAAUGCAUUCACAAAUUGACGGUGCUAUCAUAAGAAAAACGCUUUAUUUAGAAAAUAUUGAAAGAAGAAUUGUCUAUAAUAAGGAAAUAGAGAAAAAAUUGUGUGUUACACAAUAUCAAUUACAGUCAGACCAUCGAGAUUUAGAUGUUUAUGAUAUAGAUGAGAUAGGAACAUUUGGGUGUUUAGAACACAUUAACCAAUAUUAUAUAGCAGGCUAUGAGAAAGAUAAAUGUAAUUAUAAGCAAGAGUCAAACUCAUACAUUCAACAAAACAUUUUUAAUAUCAAUCAUAAGCUGGAUACUGUCUCAACGAAAUUUAUAAUAUCGAAUAUUGAUGGAGCCACAGCUACUGACUCUAGCGAUUCUGAACCUGAAGUUGAUGUUACGAUUGACAGACAAGAGGAAUGUAUAUGUGUUUUUAAAUCUGGAAAAAAGAGUGUGUCGCAAAACAUGGUUCAGAUCACUCCGAAGAAAAGAAAGCGCGAAGUCAAAGCUGAAGAUCACGAAUCACCUAGUAAACGAAAAAGUAUCGUUAAAACACCAAAAAGAAAAUAUAAUUCUCCAAGCAAAGUGUCCCGAAGUCCACAAUUGUCAGGUAACUACUCGCCUCUUGAUAUUGUUAUCACAUCUCCGAAAACUAGUAGAAGUCCUAUACGACAAUGCAAUUCUUCGAAAAGAAAACAAUAUCUACCGAUAUCCGAUGUUCCUUCUACUUCUACUACACCAAAACGUAAGACACGUUCGUUACGUGUGAAUUUACUUUGUGAAAAACGCCUAACAAAUCUUUCAAAUAUAGAUUCAGAAAAUACUGUCGACAGUGAUAAGAAAGAUCAAGAAAAGUUAAUAGUUAAUGAAACAGAUAUUCUUGAAAAUUGUACAAGUAUUAUAAACAUUACUAAAGUAACAACAGUUGACGAAUCAAUAAGAGACGAACAAAGAAUGAAAAAUAGUGAAAAUUUGUUAGUUAAAAAAACCAAAGAGAUUCGUAAGAAAUUAUCUUUUUUAAAUGAUGAUGAAAUGGAAAGUACUCUUGUAGAAUCGGAUCAUCACGCGAGCCGAUCUGAAAACUUGAUUGAGCAUUCUGUUGACCAAGUACGUGAAGAUCCAAUUGCAAUUUCUUUCAAUAAUGAAAACAGUGACAAUAGUGUUUUCAACAGUCAACAGACAGAGAAAAGUAAUAAUGAUACGUCACCCGAGAGAAACUACGCGUCAGGCAUACGUAAUUCGGCCAAAACAUCUUUGACACUUCAUGAUAUUAUUCCUGAAACUGAUCUUGAUGAAGAUGAAGACGAAGUAUGUAAUACAACUUUCACCCAACAUGUCAACGAAAAACUAGAGAAUGACAGUCAAUGUUUGUCAUUGGAGAGAAAUAUUCAUCAAUCACGAAGAAAUGCAUUAAUUACGAUUACUACAAAAUAUAAACCUCCUAGUACUGAAAGGAUUUUAGAAAGUAUGACAUUAUAUGGUAUUCCAAGGUGUAGAUGGCAAAAGCCAUUUUUCGGUAACAAAGUUGAUUUCUCGAAGCAAAAGGAAUCCUCAAACAUGAAUUCUCUGCGCUUUGACGUACCUACAUUUAAAUCUAGUUUAGAAGAUAUUACGAGUAUUAAGCUUUGGCGAAGAAUGAAGGUCAAUGAAUUUCAUCCCUCUGGAGCGAGUAUAAAGACACAUCAUAUCAAACGGACGCUUGCAGGAUAUAAUCUAUUAACAAUUAAACCACUCAUACCACCACCAUCUUCCAAAGAUGUUAAAAAUUGGAUAAGAGCUAAAAGAUAUUUAUUGAACAAAGAAAAGAAUAAAGGAAAGGAGUUAAAUGUGCAAAACGCACAACAUUCGUCAAUUAAUAUUGUCAAUGAAAGAGAUGAGCCCCAGCAGGGAAUUUCUAAUCACUCAAGUAACAAUUCAACUGUAAAAGAAUCUGAUUCAUCGGUCCUUCAACGAAGCGAAACAUCCGAUGACAGCAGGAAAUUCGAGUUUACACAAAAUUCGGAUAAUUUGCAAAUGUCAAGAAAUAGUUUAAAUCCUUCCUUAAAAAGGGCAUUAGAAAAUCCGUUGUUACACAAACAAAAUAAGAUGCAGCAGCUUGGUGUCUCGUACGGUCAAAUCGAAUGCUCGUCUAAGGAAAGCUUCGGCAGCGUCUCGAGUCAGAAUCUUCAAAACGCUAGAGCGAUAACUGCACAUCAAUAUCUGACAUUACUGUCUCUUGAAGUACACACUGUUACUCGAGAAGAUCUUCUUCCUGAUCCGGAAUAUGAUUCUAUCGCUGCAUUAUUUUACGCGAUUUACAAUGAUGUUUCGAUGGAUUCUAAUGAGCAGAUAGAACAUGGUGCUAUAAUUGUAAAUUCCAAUUCUAUAAGUGCAAGACUUACUAAAAUGCAUUCUGCGAGUGCAAUGUGUCCAAUAUUGUAUGUUGCAACAGAAGAAGAUAUCUUCAAUAGUCUUGUAAAAUUGAUCGAGCAGUACAAUCCCGAUGUUCUACUCGGUUGGGAAGUGGAAGCUUUUUCGUGGGGCUACGUAUUUCAGAGAGCAUCUUAUCUUAAUCUUAAUAACUUUCCAUUAAGAAUUUCAAAGGUUCCGCAUAUGCAGAUAUUUUCCAAGUCCGAUGCUCAUACGUCUGAAAAGGACGAUGCGAAUGAAAUUAAAGUAUUUGGUCGCAAUAUCCUAGAUGUUUGGAGAAUCAUGAGACACGAGGCAGCGUUAUUAACGUACAGCUUUGAGAAUGUCAUGCAUCAUGUUUUACACGAAAGAAUUCCAUGCCCUUCCUUCAAAACAUUAUCUACCUGGUGGAAGCAUGAAAGUAUGAUAAUAAGAAGCAGAGUUAUACAGCAUUACGUCGUCAGAGUUGUAGGCACUCUUAAGCUUCUGAAUCACUUAGAUAUUAUAGGUCGCACAUGCGAACACGCUCGUCUCUUUGGUAUACAAUUUUACGAGGUUUUCUCACGAGGCUCGCAGUUUCGUGUCGAGUCCAUGAUGUUAAGAUUAGCAAAACCCAUGAAUUACAUUCCAAUCUCACCAUCCAUACAUCAAAAGGCCAAAAUGCGAGCCCCGGAAUGUAUACCGUUGAUCAUGGAACCCGAAUCUGAAUUUUAUACCGAUCCAUUGAUCGUACUCGAUUUCCAAAGCUUGUAUCCGAGUAUGAUUAUUGCUUAUAAUUACUGUUUCUCUACCUGUUUAGGAAGAAUAGAACACAUAGGACAAUACGGUCCUUUCGAGUUUGGUGCAGCAACAUUAAGGAUAAGGAAGAACACCGCAUUAAAGCUGCAAGACAAGAUAAAUUUUUCACCUUGCGGAGUAGCGUUCGUGAAGAAAGAAGUACGGCAGGGAAUAUUACCGCGUAUGCUGGCGGAAAUUUUAAAUACCCGUUUGAUGGUGAAAGAAUCUAUGAAGUUACACUCAGCAGAAAAUCGCGCAUUGCAUCGCAUUCUUCAUUCGCAGCAGUUGGGUCUCAAGUUAAUCGCGAAUGUCACUUAUGGAUAUACAUCCGCCAAUUUUAGUGGUAGAAUGCCAUGCAUCGAGAUAGGGGAUAGUGUAGUCAGCAAAGGACGAGAGACGUUGGAACGAGCGAUCAAACUAGUAGAAUCUACUCCAAGAUGGGGCGCUCGAGUGAUUUACGGGGACACAGAUUCCAUGUUUGUGUUAUUACCUGGAAAAUCUCGAGAAGAGGCAUUCACUAUCGGCGAGGAGAUCGCAGAUGCUGUAACCGCGAUUAAUCCCCCGCCUGUAAAACUUAAAUUUGAAAAAGUUCUUCAUCCCGCUAUUUUACAAACGAAAAAACGAUAUUGCGGAUACAUGUACGAAACGCGCGAUCAAGAGAAGCCUGAGUUUCUGGCGAAAGGAAUCGAGACGGUUCGCAGGGAUGGAUGUCCUGCGGUUUCCAAAAUACUCGAGAAAGCCCUAAAGAUUUUAUUCGAUACAAAGGAUAUUUCGUUGGUGAAGCUUUAUGUCAUCAGACAGUUCGACAAGAUCUUCCAGCGACGCGUGUCCAUACAGGAUUUGACGUUUGCGAAGGAGUUUCGCGGGAUACGCGGAUACAAGGCAAAUGCUUGCGUGCCGGCUUUAGAAUUAACCCGUAGAUUGAUCAGAAAAGAUCCACGCGCUGUUCCACGAACCAGCGAACGCGUUCGCUACAUUAUCGUUGCUGGUGCACCUAAUCAGCCGCUCAUCCACUGCGUGCGCACACCGCUGGAAGUUAUUACCGAUCCGGGAUUAAUUCCGAAUUCCGUGUAUUACAUAACAAAAGUCAUUAUACCGCCCCUCAAUCGCUGCUUUAAUCUAUUCGGAAUCGACGUCAACACAUGGUAUAAAGAAAUAUCUCAUCGCACAAGUUUCAGUAAUAUUGCACACUUAGGAGAAGACAAUACAAAAUCUACUAUUCGUCAGUUUUUCAGUUCUGUUGCAUGUGUUGCUUGCGGGGAACAAACUAAUAAAGAAGUUUGCCCAGAAUGUCUUUCGCAACCAAGCCGAACUAUUCUUGUACUUCUUCAGAAGAUAAGACAACUGGAAAGAAAUCAACAACAAAUCGCUGCUAUCUGUCAUUCUUGUAUUGGACGAUUAGGUGACAUAGAAUGCUUAUCUUUGGAUUGUCCCAUUCUAUACCGAAUGUCUCAAGCUCGUAAAGAGCUUAAACAAGUUUCUUACAUAAAUAACAUUAUUUAUGGAAAUAAUUCCAAUGGAAUUAAAGGCUUGGAUGUAGUUGCUGAAUGGUAUUGAUGAAAGUAAAUCCAUUAUCUAAAAUGAUUGAAAUAUAUUUUUUUUAUUUGUUU